CGACAGUACAGAUCUUUCUUCAUAAGAUCAGCAGCUGAAGCACGGGCACAUAUACAUUAGCUCAUGUUUUCUUUGUUUAGAUUAAUGAUUAAAAUUUACCACAAAAAUGUUUGUUAGUAAAAAAGUUUGCAGUAUUUUAUAUAUCAUUCUCCUAACUACUGUGAAUGGCAAUAUUAUUCCUCGGAAACCAAUUGCAUCGGAAUCGAAUGAUUUCGAUCUUUUAAUCUUCACUCAACAUUGGCCCCCAACUGUUUGCUACAAAUGGAAAACGAAUUCCGCAUCGCAUAAAUGUUAUUUACCAAAAGAAAAAGAUGAAUGGUCAAUUCAUGGUCUUUGGCCUUCUCAAUUGCACAAAUUAGGGCCGCAAUUUUGUAAUAAAUCACUCGUGUUUAACUCGACUGCGUUAAAACCAUUGAUUAAACAGCUGCAAGAAAAAUGGAUAGAUGUACAAGAAGGUACAGAAUCUACUACACUUUGGCAACACGAAUGGAAUAAACAUGGGACUUGUGCAGUAGUGUUAGAACAGCUAAAUACUGAAUAUAAAUAUUUUGCAAAAGGGCUUAACUUAUUAGAUACAUACGAUAUGAAACAUGUAUUGGCAAAAGCGAAUAUCGUCCCUGGAAAAGCGUACGCAAAGGCGGAUAUUCUUCAUGCCAUUGAAAAGGUUUUAGGUAAACGUGGUGCGAUAAUGUGCCAGAAAAAUCAGCAAACUGGGGAAUCAUAUAUAUUCGAGAUACGAAUAUGUUUCGACAAGACACUGCAAUUAGUUGAUUGUGAUGGUAUUUAUGGAUAUCCUACAAAUUGUGAUAAUUCUAAACUGGUAACGUAUCUGAGUCAAGUAUCAAACGAGUACGCUGUAGUACAAAUGUAAUUACCUAAUGUACAAAGUUACGAAAUACGUGAUACGUCGAACUUAUAAAUUGUAAUAUUUAAAGAAGAAGAGUAAAUAAUUUUCUACGAAGAAAUUAAAAAUUACAAACAAACUGUCA